CGGCCGCCGUAGCCCCCGCGCGGAAACCCCGCGCCAUCAGAGUAGCGCUGAUGCAGUGAAAGACACACAAGAUGGCGGCGAUCGGCGGACAUUCGCGUAAACACUCGAGCCGUUCCGCGUUAAUCUGAGCUAUAACGAGCCCCGAAGACGCUUAAACAUCCGAGGAUCACGCUGGUCGGGACUGUGUGAGGCUCGGCUCAUCCUGAGGGUUCAUUGAUUGCUUCCUGAGUUUAAGAUGACCGAUAGCAGGUAGCGUCAGCUUUAGCGUUAGCGUUAGUGUUGUGAUAUAAACUCGUCUUUCCGAGGGACCCAGGCUCCGGCUCGUUCUGUGUGGAUUAGUCAGGGUUAGGAUGAGCGGAUCUGAGGCGAGGCGGUGCUAGCUCGGUGCGUCAGGAGUGCUAGUGCUGGUUCGGUUCGGUUCGGUUCGGUUCUGCGGGAAGAUGAGCGACACCCGGCGGCGGGUGAAGGUGUACACGCUGAACGAGGAGCGGCAGUGGGAGGACCGGGGCACCGGGCAUGUGUGCUGCUCGGAAGCGGCCUCGCUCACGGUCACCGGCGAGGCUGACGGCUCUGUGCUGCUGGAGUCCAGGAUCAGCCCCGACACCGCGUACCAGAAGCAGCAGGACACGCUCAUCGUCUGGUCCGAAGCGGAGAACUGUGACCUGGCUCUGAGCUUCCAGGAGAAAGCGGGCUGUGAUGAGAUCUGGGAGAAGAUCUGUCAGGUGCAGGGCAAGGACCCGUCCGUGGAGAUCACGCAGGACCCCGUGGACGAGUCUGAGGAGGAGCGGUUCGAGGACACGCCGGAGAGCGGUCACCUGCUGGAGCUGCCCCCCUGUGAGCCGGAGCGUCUGGAGGAGCUGGCGGAGCUGGUGACGUCUGUGCUGCCGUCGCCCGUCCGGCGGGAGAAGCUGGCGCUCGCUCUGCUCAGCUCGGGGUACAUCAGGAAGCUGCUGCAGCUGUUCCGGGCGAGCGAGGAGGCGGACGACCGCCGGGGCCUGCAGCAGCUGUACCAGAUCGUGCGCGGCCUGCUCUUCCUCAACAAGGCCACGCUGUUCGAGGUGAUGUUCUCUGACGACUGCAUCAUGGACGUGGUGGGCUGCCUGGAGUACGAGCCGGCGCUGCUGCAGCCCAAGAGCCACCGCGAGUUCCUCACCAAGACGGCCCGCUUCAGAGAGGUGAUCCCCAUCACAGACUCAGAGCUGCGGCAGAAGAUCCACCAGACCUACCGCGUGCAGUACAUCCAGGACAUCAUCCUGCCCACGCAGUCCGUCUUCGAGGACAACUUCCUGUCCACGCUGUCCUCCUUCAUCUUCUUCAACAAAGUGGAGAUCGUCAGCAUGCUGCAGGAGGAUGAGAAGUUCCUGACGGAGGUGUUUGCUCAGCUCACAGAUGAAGCUACAGAGGACAGCAAGAGGAGAGAGCUGGUCAACUUCUUCAAGGAGUUCUGUGCUUUCUCACAAACGCUGCAGCCUCAGAACAGAGACGCCUUCUUCAAAACGCUGGCCAAUCUGGGCAUCUUACCAGCGCUGGAGAUCGUGAUGGGCAUGGAGGACGUGCAGGUGAAGGCUGCAGCCACAGACAUCUUCUCUUACCUGGUGGAGUUCAGUCCGUCUAUGGUGCGUGAGUUCGUCAUGCAGGAGCCGCAGCAGGCCGACGACGACGUGCUGCUGAUUAACGUGGUGAUCAAGCAGAUGAUCUGUGACUCGGACCCGGAGCUGGGCGGUGCAGUGCAGCUGAUGGGGCUCCUGAGGACCCUCAUCGACCCCGAGAACAUGCUCGCUCCGGCCAGCAAAACAGAGAAGAGCGAGUUCCUGAGCUUCUUCUACAAGUACUGCAUGCACGUGCUGACGGCUCCGCUGCUGGCUAACACUGCCGAGGAGGACCCAGAUCUGACGGAGGGAGCGGCUAAAGUCAACCCCGUGUGUCCAGAUAACUUCCAGACGGCGCAGCUGCUGGCUCUGAUCCUGGAGCUGCUGACCUUCUGCGUGGAGCAUCACUCGUACCACAUCAAGAGCUACAUCAUGACCAGAGACCUGCUGAGGAGGGUGGUGAUGAUGAUGAUGUACUGAAGAAGCUUCUUUGCUGUCUGUGCACUGCGCUUCAUGAGGAGAAUCAUCGGCCUGAAGGACGAGUAUUACAACCGCUACAUCGUGAAAGGAAACCUGUUCGAGCCAGUCAUCAACGCACUGCUGGACAAUGGCACCAGAUACAACCUGCUGAACUCGGCCAUCAUCGAGCUCUUUGAGUUCAUCAGAGUGGAGGACAUCAAAUCUCUGAUUGCACACAUCGUUGAUAACUUCACCACGGCGCUGGAGUCCAUCGAGUACGUGCAGACCUUCAAGGGCCUGAAGGGCCGCUACGAGCAGGAGAAGGAGCGUCAGAGCCGAGGAUUCAGCAGGUACCGCAGGGAUGCGCGCUCCUUCGAGGAGGACGAGGACACGUGGCUGAACGAAGACGAGGAGGAGGAGGAUGUUGCGGACGCCAGCCUGGACAAGUGCAAGAGCGACUACGGGACGUUCAUGGAGAGCGAGAAAGUGAAAGAGAGUCAGGACAAGGAGAACCAGGCCAAGCGGAAGUUCAGCUUCUGUCACUCGGCUGGAGCAGCUAACACAGCUAACGGCUCCAGACCUCCACCCUCCGCUUCCUCCAGCAGAGCUGCAGCGCCACCUUCAGGCCAGACGGCCCGGACCGGACUCGUGGACUACCCAGACGAUGAAGACGAGGAGGAGGAGGAGGAGGAGGACACUGACGAGGAGCAGUCGCCGCGCAAGAGGCCUCGUCUGGGCUCGUAAAGCCCCCCAGCGGAACCAGAGGAGCUUCCAGUGAGCCAGUCGCAGCAGGGGCUGAUGGGAGGCCGCGCACGCUAGCAGGACUAGCAGGACUAGCCGCACUGAUCGAGCUGAAGAGCUGCUGAAGUUCAGGCACAUCAGCGGUGAUUUCUUCUGGACACUUGUGUUCUGUAAUGAUUGGCGGGAGAUCUCGCCGGUGCGCGGGGGGUGAGGGCGGUGUCAAUCUCUGUAAUCAGACGUCUGGAAUUCAGGCUGGAAGGUGCAGCGCUCAUGGUUUUAAAACACAUUAAAUUGCAGUAAAUGUUUUGAUUUGUGUGAUUUGUGGACCGAUCUAAGGUCAGCUCUGGCUCGAGAGAAUACGGAGUAUUAAACGAAGCUGACCGGACUCCAACGUUCAGAUGUGUAGAUUAAAUAUUAAAAACGCUUUUAGUUGUUCCCCUCAUUUUUGAGCACAUUUUCCUACUAGCACCAUCUCCGUUAAAGAGCAUUUGUAUGAAUUUGAUAUUUUUUACAAUUUUCAGAUUAAAUUUGGUCCUGCAAUUAAA